AUGACGUCAAAAAUAGUAGUGCUAAGUUAUAAUCCUGAAAAUUUAUCAGAAGGUUUGAAGGCUUCUUUGAGUUUAAUGAAUGGAACUUCGGAAAUAGGUUUUUCUGUGGACAAUUCUACUCUGGAUGUUACACACUUCCCUUCGUCUAGAAUAGUCAAAUUACAAUAUAGUAAUGGACGGGGCGAAUCAUUCGAUGGAAGUGAUUGCCUGUUACUUCUGUCCCCUUCAAAAUCAUUUCAACUGCAUCCUAGUCGUUCGGCUACACCUCCAACCCUGACCGGGUCCCAAGAAGUUGCAACUAUUAGCAACUUGCAAGAUUUCAAUGAAGAUAGCCAUAAAAAGUAUAAGAAGAAAUCAAGGAACAACAGUGACCCAUAUACUUCGAUAUAUAGACCAUUUGAAGACCUAGAACGUAAAGCGAGGGAAGGAAGGUCUACAAAAUCUAAGGAUAGGCUGAAGUCUCAAUCGCAGCUAAAAAAUGGCAAGUUACUGUCAAACCCCCACCGUAAUUCAUUGAAUGGAAAAGACCACAAAUCGCCAAGAAACACACCUGCUCCAAUAAAGACCCAUAAACAGGCCAUAGAUGGGAUGGUCCAUUACAAGAAAAUAAUAAAGACGUCCGAUAUUAGUCUUCAAGAGCUAGAGGACGAUUGGCUCCUUAAUAUGCGCACAGUGGCCGAAAGAUUACAUUUUUUGAAAGAAGCAUAUAAGGCCGUUCAAUUAACAAAAAAGAACAAGACACAAGGGAAGUCUGACCCUAACGUCAAACUACAUUUGAAUUCAAGUGUGGUGGAUUCGUCUUUGUACCUGGAAGAGGAUCAUCCGUCAUCCAGUCAAAGUCAACCACAAUUACUACAAAACGAUGACGAAGACAGUGGUAGUAAUAGUAACAGCAAUUCUUAUACCUUCUUAACAGCAUCAAAUCCCAUAUAG